AUAGGUUAUAAAGUUGAUUUGUUUACGUUUAUAUAAAUAAUUUUGUAAAUUAAGUUUUAAGUUAAAAUAUAUUAGUAAGAAUGCCUGUAGAUAUAAAAGAACUUACUGAAGGAUGGCUGGAACUGGAAAGUGAUCCUGGUCUUUUUACGCUACUUUUAGAAGACUUUGGCGUGAAAGGAGUUCAAGUUGAAGAAAUAUAUGAUCUUAACAAACCUUUAGAUAGUCCUGUAUAUGGCUUUAUUUUUCUAUUUAGAUGGGUUGAAGAACGCCGGUCACGACGCAAGGUCGUGGAACAAAAUGAAACGUUCGUUAAAGAUGAAGAUAUUGUAAAUAAUAUAUUUUUUGCUCAGCAGAUGGUACCUAACAGUUGUGCCACCCAUGCACUGAUUUCAAUUUUGUUAAAUUGUCCAACUAUACACUUGGGAGAGACUUUAACCAGAUUGAAAGCACAUACACAAGGAAUGAGUCCAGACAAUAAAGGGUGGGCAAUUGGAAACACCCCUGAAUUAGCUUGUGCACAUAAUUCACAUGCCAUGCCACAGGCUAAAAGAAGGCUAGAAAAAGGUAGUGGGGUAUCAACUGGUAGAUUUACAGGUGAAGCAUUUCAUUUUGUAAGCUUUGUUCCUAUUGGUGGUAGACUUUUUGAAUUGGAUGGAUUAAAACCAUUUCCGAUAGACCAUGGGCCAUGUAACGAUAUGGAAUGGACUGACAAGUUUCGUAGUGUCAUUACCGAUAGACUAGGAAUUACAGCUGAUGAAUAUAACGAAAUUAGAUUUAACUUGAUGGCUGUUGUGCCUGACAGAAGAUUAGCUAUUCAACAUAAGUUAAAAAUGUUAAGAACUAAUAAGCAAAUAGUUUUAGAUGCAUUGCAACAUUUAGUUAAAAUCAAAGAUAAAGGAGGCGGUACUAAGUUAGAAAAUCAAGGAGAGCAUGUCAAGAUUUCAAUAUCUAACAGUGCUGAAGAGCAAUGUACUGAGGUAUCUAAAGAAGGCCAUUCUGAAGAUGACUCAAAAAAUGUCAAACCUGAAAUAGUAUCUGCAACCAGUAAAGUAACUCUAUGUCCCCUAGAUUAUGCAACACCUUUAACAAUUCAAACUUCUCCAGCUCCUAGUACUUCAGGCACUGACACUCCUUCAGAUAUUGGAUCAGCUUUUAACUCUCCAACACAAACUUGGAAUUGGGCUAAUUCUUCAGGAGGACAAAAUAGUCCCACAUCCAAAGAUUUAAAAAGGUUUGUUGUACUAAGAAUGGCAGAACAGGAAGAUAAGGAGAGAACUAUUUCCAGAUCAAAUUCUGACAAUCCUGAACGAAAAUCAAGUGGAGGUCAUGCUAGAGUACACACUAGUGAUGGAGAUCCAGUUGUAGCUGAAAAAAAGAACCAAGAAUUGUUAGAACCUCAUACAUUUGCCCCAAAAGAUCUUCUAGCAUUAUUACGAAACUUAGAAAAUGAAAUUUGUGUAUGUGAAAUGAGUCUAAAGGAUGAAAAUGAUAAGCAGAAUAAAUAUAAGGUAGAUGACAGUCGAAGAACUCAUAAUUAUGAUGAAUUUAUUUGCACGUUUUUAUCUAUGCUUGCUGAGCAGGGAAAACUUGCAGAUUUAGUGGAGCAAAAUCUCGUAUUGCCAAAAAGACCUAACAACUCCACACCAGUGCCUAAGCCACCUAAAAAGAAAAAAGAUGGAGGAAAGAGAAAGAAAAAAGGACGCUCAAAAGUUAAAAAACGAAGAUAAAAUGAUAGUUUAUGUGUAGAUGUUUAUAUAAUGGUAGGGGAGCAAAGUAUGCUAAAUGUGCAGUCACUCGAGCGCUUUGGGGACCUAUUGGGUUGUGAAGAGUAGGUCUUAAAAUCAAAAAAAGUUAAGUAAAGUUUUCCAUUUUAGUGGGCGCUUGUCAUUUUUUUAUUUAAUUUUCCAUUUCCAACAAGCGUUUUUUCCGAUUAUAACGCCAUCUAUCCAUAAUUCGAAAAAAUGUUUCGAAUAAAAGUUACUUAUUUUUACGUAAGGAAUCCAAAUCUGCAAUAAAAAAUGAGGGCUCCUAUUUAAGAUUUUAAAGUAAACCCCCACCCCACCUCCGUGGGGGGUCUUGUUUGAUGCCAUUCGAUAGAUUUUUCAAAAAUAUUGAAUAAGUGUAUUUUACAGUUUUUCGAUCUGAUGUUCAUUUCACGACGAAAUAUCGCGGGAUUCGUAAUAAAAAUAUUUAAUUUCCCCCCCCCCCCCCUCUCCUUGAGAACUCGUGUUUGGUAUCAUUCGAUAGAUUUUAAAAAAUUAUUGAGCACAUAUUUUUUAGUUUUUCGAUCUGUCAUUCAUUUCGCGAAAUAUUCGCUUUUUUCUCGUGAAAUUUUGGGACUCACCCAUUUCCUUACGCCCGGUUCAAAUAGUCAAAUUUUUGAAAUAUACACUCUUUUGCAUGCACUUAACUUACCUUAUCUUAAUCUGACAAUUUCGAGUUUUUUUUAAGGAUAGAUUUUUUCGGCCCCCCUUAACGAACUCCCCUGUGGUAAGAGCCAAUAUAUGGUAGAGGUACAUCUGCAGGGUACCAGGUUUCUCCCCAUAUGCUAAUCUGACGCGCUCGAGUAACUGCAAAAUCCCCGCUUGGGCUCCCCUACCAUAAGUACUUGAACUCAUACUAAGCAUACAUGACAUUAUAUAUAUAUAAUUUUAUUUUU